AUGAGUUCAGACUGCCCAUUAAAGUUGUUUGAAGGCUCUACAGAGGGAACCGAACCUGAGAGAGAAAGGCCUCUCAUCAGAGAGCAGUGUUGCAGAGUAAAUGACUUAUGCUGGCACUCACGAUGCCUUUCAUGCAGUGUGUGCCACAUAAACCUGAGCGGACACACAAGCUGCUACAUCAGAGGGAGAGAGGUCUUUUGCAAAGUAGAUUACUUCAGGAGGUAUCGGACGUGGUGCUCAUGCUGUGGAGAUACCGUUCAUUCCAUGGACUGGGUGCGCAGGGCGAAAGGAAACGUUUACCAUCUGGCAUGUUUCUCUUGCUUCUCUUGCAAAAGGCAACUAUCUACAGGUGAGGAGUUUGCUUCGGUUGGGCAGAAGGUGUUGUGUAGAGUGCAUUAUGACAGCAUGCUGGACAAACUUAAAGGGGCCAUGGAAAAAGAGAAAACUGGCUGUCCUGGCAGUGCAUUGUGGACAGGGUGUGAGAUAGACCAAAAGCCAUCUAAAAGGGCACGCACCAGUUUCACUUCAAAUCAGCUACAGAUCAUGCAGGCUCAGUUUGCCCUGGACAAUAACCCAGACGCAAAGACACUGCAGAGACUGGCUGAACAGACCAGGCUUAGUCGAUGUGUCAUUCAGGUCUGGUUUCAGAACUGUCGGGCCCGCCAUAAGAAGCACAUUUCUCCCCCUCAUUCAGCAGUACUAGCCUGUGGUCUGUCUGCACUCCAACCAGUUUUCUCCCAGUCCAUCCUGAACGAGCUGCAUUACACAAUUCAUAGGGCUACGGACACUCCUCUGCUUACAGCCCUGCACUCCUGCAUUGAUGUGCACACACCAUCAUCUUUGCUCUAUAAGCCCUUGCUGUCCCAACAAACAACGCAUCUACCAAUCAGCAGCAGCUAA